CGAAUCGAGAAGCCAUGUACAGAUCGGAGAAAACAGUGCACAGGCAUGAGAGAGAUAACCCAUCCUUUUCUUCUACUCUGCUUGACAAAAUCUGCCGUUCCAUCGAUGAUGGUGACACCACAAAUGGCGACUUGAAAUUCUACAGGGAAACAAUGCAAAAGAAACAGAGCAAAGGUACCAUGAAAUGCAACAAAAGUGGAGGCCAUGGUGAGGAAGGAGAUGAAGAGAUGUCGAGUAUCCGACAAGCUUGUUCGAUCCAGAAAUGGAUGGAAAAGAAAGUUAAUCAAAAGGCGAAUGCAGGCACGAAACAGGUUUUCUCUCGCUUCCAAAGGAAAUCACAUCAUGAAUAUGAUCAUGACCAUGAUGCGGUUUUCUUCAGCUCCACUUCCACCUCAUCUGAUUCCAGUUCCGGUGGUUUCUCAUCGUCCGACACUGAGUCUAUGUAUGUUACGAAAUCCAAAUCAUCAUGCUUUGUAACAUCAAGGCCGAAACCUGUUAGGACCGGCGUGUCGGUUCGGUCGGAGAAACCAGUCAAAACAGAGAGGACUUUGUUUUACGAACAGAGACAGUCGCAUAUGCUCGAUGAUUAUCAUUAUAGUUCAGCCUCCGACUAUACACCAAAGUCCCACAAAAGUCUCUCCAGUUCAAAAUCAAGAGCCACCAAAAUUUACGGCAAUCAAAAGAAGGUGAAACAGCCCAUUUCACCAGGCGGCCGAAUCACGAGUUUCAUCAAUUCUCUGUUCACAACAAGCAAUUCAAAGAAAACAAGGGGUGCUCCAUCUUCGAUCCUAAGCUGUGAUGAUGAACGGAAAUUGAAGUCCAACCAGGUUUCAACUUGUUCUUCAGCUUCCUCGUUUUCAAGAUCAUGUCUAAGCAAGAACUCAUCUUCCACGAGAGAAAGGCUGCGUAAAGGAGUAAAAAGAACUGUUAGAUUCUGCCCGGUGAGUGUGAUCGUUGAUGAAGACUGCAGACCAUGUGGGCAAAAACGCUUAUACGAAGAAGAAGACUCGUCGAAUACAGUGUCGGUUACGGCCCCCGCCGUAUGGAAAAUUCAGAAAUCGCCUUUGAUAAAGGUCGAAGAAGAGAAAAUGUUUCAAGUAAUGGAAAAAGCUAGGCGAGUGGAAGAAAUGGCUGCAAAGUUUUUGAAAGAAUAUCAUCUAAACCAGAGCAAGAACGACUUCAUAUCAAGGGACAGUCGCAGUCAUUAUGUUACGGAGGAGAUGGAUGAAGAUGAUGAGGAUGCAGCGAGCUAUUCGAGUUCGGAUUUGUUCGAGUUAGAUCAUCUGGUUCUUAUUGGUAACAACAGGUACAGAGAAGAGCUUCCAGUGUAUGAAACUACUCAUGUAGAAACAAAUCGGGCCAUUGCUAAUGGCUUGAUAGCAUAGUUAAUUUUCACUUUUUUUUUGUUCCAGUCUUGUUUAUGCAUUGUUUUAUGGCCAAAUUUUGGUGUAAAUAUCCAGUGAAUUUCAUUU